AUGCUCAACGAUGGUCCUGGAGUUUACUUGGCAAUAUCAGCCUUGGUAGUAGCUGUGUUAAGCUACUGUCGAAAAUAUAGGCUCGAUCAUUCUCGUCCCCCACUACCGCCUGGUCCUACCCCCCUUCCAGUACUGGGAAAUAUUCUCAGUCUUGAUUCCGCUCGGCCCUGGCUGACCUUUAAUGCCUGGAGGUCCACACAUGGUGACAUUAUUUAUGCUCGUCUCCUCAGCAAGCCUAUCCUGGUUGUUAAUUCUGAGGAGGUCGCGAAAGACCUCUUUGAACGGCGUUCCGGCAUAUAUUCAGAUAGAUCCCAGUCAAUUGUUUAUGAAGCCUUCGCUUCAGAUUUUAACACGGGGUUCAUGCCAUAUGGAAACAGGUGGCGCCUUCACCGACGAAUCUUUCAUCAGGCAUUUCAUCAAACUGCUGUACCUGCUUAUCACGCUGCGCAACUCCGUUCCGCCCACAAAAUGUUGUUCAGUUUUCUACAGGACCCUGAAAAUUAUCCAAACCAUUUUCAGAUGUUUACUAUGACAUUCAUGUUGUCUAUAAUAUAUGACUGUGAAGCGAAAGUUGAGGACGAUCAUGUCGCUAACGCCAUUACAAGGUAUGGGGAACUCAUAGUCGAUGGUUUCGCACCAGCUGCUAUGAUGUUAAUGGAAACAUUCCCUUUCCUUUUGCAGCUACCUAGCUGGUUUCCCGGUGCCACAUUUAAGCGAGCAUCACUCAAGUGUAUACAGGCAGGCCAUGAUGUGAAGGAGAUACCCUUUCAAUAUGUCAAAGAGAGGAUGUCUGCCAACGACAUGGGGCCGUGCUUGGUGGCUGAUGCUUUGAACAGGACCAGUGAAGAAGACGACGUCAAUAUAACUGCAAUCAAGGAGACUGCUUCCGUUGCAUUCGUAGGUAUGCAAACCACUGACACAUUACUUGUGUUUUUGCUUGCUAUGGUGCUCGACCCUGAGGUACAAGCCAAAGCGCAGGCGGAGAUCGAUCGAGUUGUUGGCAAAGAUAGACUCCCCAAUUUCGACGAUAGACCAGCGUUGCCUUACCUAGAAGCUGUUUUACGUGAAACGCUCAGGUGGCACCCAGUGGUUCCAUUUGGCAUCCCACACGCAACAACAACCAGUGACAUCUACAAUGGUUAUUUCAUUCCUAAAGGUUUGGCAAUGACGCACGAUGCAACGAAAUAUCCCAGUCCUGACGAAUUCAAACCGGAAAGAUUUUUCGAAGACGACGGGUCUCUCAACAGCGAUACUAUGCGUAUAAGCUUCGGCUGGGGUCGCCGGAUUUGUGUGGGACGGCAUCUCGUGGACGCGUCACUUUGGAUCGCGAUGGCGAAUUUCCUGGCGUUUUUCUCGGCCCACAAGGCUCUUGAUGAACACGGCAUGGAGAUCCCGGUCGUUCCGAAGUUCACCAAUGGUUUCACAGUGUUUGAAUGA